ACCGCCGCCAUGCACAGCCUUCUCCUCCUCCUCCUCCUCCUCGCCGUGCUCUGCCUCACACCAUGCAACGGCUUGAAGAGGGUGACCCUGACACGGCACCGCUCCCUGCGGAAGUCGCUGCGGGACCGUGGGCAGCUCUCUCAGUUCUGGAAGGCCCACAGGCUCGACAUGGUGCAGUACAGCCAGGACUGCUCGCUCUUCGGGGAGGCCAACGAGCCCCUCAUCAACUACCUGGACAUGGAGUACUUCGGGCAGAUUUCCAUCGGGACGCCCCCCCAGAACUUCACGGUGGUAUUUGACACGGGCUCCUCCAACCUCUGGGUGCCAUCCAUCUACUGCACCAGCAAAGCCUGCACCAAGCAUGCCCGCUUCCAGCCAUCACACUCCAGCACCUACCAGCCCUUGGGCAUCCCCGUCUCCAUCCAGUAUGGGACCGGCAGCCUGACGGGGAUCAUCGGCUCCGACCAAGUCACCGUGGAAGGCAUGACGGUGUACAAUCAGCCCUUCGCAGAGAGCGUCAGUGAGCCGGGAAAAACCUUCCAGGAUUCGGAAUUUGAUGGGAUCCUGGGGCUGGCGUACCCCUCGCUGGCCGUGGAUGGAGUCACCCCUGUCUUUGACAACAUGAUGGCCCAAGACCUGGUGGAAAUGCCCAUCUUCUCUGUCUAUAUGAGCGCGAACCCGGACUCCUCCCUGGGUGGAGAAGUGCUCUUUGGGGGCUUUGAUCCCUCCCGCUUCCUGGGCACCCUGCACUGGGUGCCGGUCACGCAGCAGGGCUACUGGCAGAUCCAGCUGGACAACGUGCAGGUAGGGGGCACAGUGGCUUUCUGUGCCGACGGCUGCCAGGCCAUCGUGGACACCGGCACGUCGCUGCUCACCGGUCCCACCAAGGACAUAAAGGAGAUGCAGAGAUACAUCGGUGCCACAGCUAUGGAUGGCGAGUACAUCGUGGACUGCGGCCGCCUGAGCUCAAUGCCCAUCGUCACCUUCACCAUCAACGGGAUCCCCUACGUGCUCUCUGCCCAAGCCUACACCCUCAUGGAGCAAAGUGACGGCGUGGACAUCUGCCUCAGCGGCUUCCAGGGUAUGGAUGUCCCCCCUCCCGCCGGACCCCUCUGGAUUUUGGGGGACGUUUUCAUCCGGCAGUAUUAUUCCGUCUUCGACCGCGGGAAUAACCGGGUGGGCUUCGCGCCCACUGCCCCAUAGGGCUGUGUGUCCUAUGGGGUGGGAGGGAAGCAGAGCCACCGGGCUGCGGCCAAGAGUGGGGCAGGAGCUGCUCAGCACCUGUGGGGAUGGAGGAGAAGUCCCCAACCCGGGGAGUGCAGAGCACACAGAGGUUCACUCCGUGCCGAGGAGUGCGCACAAAACACCUUGGGCGGCCCCACGGAGCCUGCCCUGCAGAUUGUCACUGUUUGAACACAGCUCAAUAAAUGCUUUGGUAAAACA